AUGCAAUUUCCCGUGAUUCUAUUGAUUGUCUCCAUUUUAAUGAUUCCAUCAUUCCAUGCCAUCGCCAUCGAUGAUUUUCAUUGUAAAGUGCCAACUUGUCGUGAUUUCCACUAUGGUUUAAUCGGUCAUCGGCAUCACCAAAAAUUUGUUGAUGUUUGUUAUGAGACUGUCUAUGCUCUUCAAAAUAUUCCGAAUCAAGAUGGAAAAUGCAUCGAUGAUCGAACAGGCAAAGUUCAUCCACCAUGCAUUUAUGCAUUGGCUUAUACAAUUAAGAAAUGUAUGUUUGAAUUGAAAGAAUUGGGCGUAAAAGAAGCAAGUUUCUAUUGUGGAUUUACGUUGAUGAAUAUUAAAGAAAAAACGGACAAGAAUAUAAAUAUGAAGAAAUCAACUCUUUUGUUCAUUGUGAUCACAUUGAUCAAUUCAUCUCUGAUCAAUUCAUCUCCGAUCAAUUCAGUGCUGUUGGAAAAUUUUCACUGUAAAGUGGCAACAUGUCGAGAUUUUUAUUUUGGUUUGAUAAACAAUCCACGUCGAGAAGAAUACGUUGAUGUUUGUUAUGAUACAGUUCAUGCUCUACAAAGUAUUCCGAAUCAACAUGGAAAAUGCAUCGAUGAUCAAACAGGAAAAGUCAAUCCGCCUUGUAUUUAUGCAUUAGCUCUUACAAUUAAGAAAUGUGCGUUGGCAUUACAGGAAUUGGGCGUAAGAGAUGCAAAUUUCUAUUGUGGAUUUACCUUGAUGAAGCACUGUGCAGUGAUUAUCGGUCUCGAUGAUAUUCCACUGCGUCAAAGUGUUUAUAAUACUCGUAGUAUUAAAGAAAAAACGGACAAGAAUAUGAAUAUGAAGAAAUCAACUCUUUUGUUCAUUGUGAUCAUAUUGAUCAAUUUAUCUCUGAUCAAUUCAGCGCCGUUUGAAAAUUUUCACUGUAAAGCAGCAACAUGUCAAGUAUUUUACUCGGGUUUACGAAAUCAUCCUCGUUACCAAGAACAUAUGGAAACAUGUUACGAUACAGUCGCUACUUUCCAAGCAAUUCCACGUCAUUUUGGUAAAUGCUAUAACGAAGCGACUAGACAAAUUAAUCCCACUUGUAUUCAUGCUGUAGCAAAGACGAUUAAAAGUUGUAUUGUAAAAAUGCAUGAUGUGUCUGAUAUUCAUGCACGAUAUUAUUGUGGUUAUACAUUAAUGAAACAUUGUGCUGGAAAUGUUGGUUUGGAUCGAUUUCCUUUGAAUUUUCCAUUACGUCGUUUAGUGGAUGAAUAA